ACCCAGGCUCCCGUCAGACAAACAGCGGCGCUAUGGAGUGCACCGCAGCGGUCUUGUUGUUGGGGCUCCUGUUGGCUCUGCUGUGGUUGCUUUAUGACAAAAAGAGCAAGACCACGACAAGCCGUCUCCCUCCAGGACCGCCGGCGCUUCCUCUGCUCGGAAACCUGCCUCAGCUGGACAAACACGCACCUUUUAAAAGCUUCGUCAAGAUGAGCCAAACGUAUGGAGCGGUGAUGACGGUGCACCUGGGCUGGCAACGUACGGUGGUCCUGGUGGGCUACGAGGCCGUCAAAGAGGCUCUGGUCGACCAAGCUGAUGACUUUGCAGGAAGAAUGCAGAUGCCGUUCCUUUACAAAGCCACUAGGGGCUAUGGUUUGGGCCUCAGUAACGGCGAGCGCUGGCGACAGCUGCGGCGUUUCACCCUGACCACCCUACGAGAUUUCGGGAUGGGACGCAAAGGCAUGGAGGAGUGGAUCCAGGAGGAGAGCCAACACAUGAGGGCCCACCUGGACUCUUACAAAAAAGCGCCCUUUGACCCCACCUUCCUGCUGACCUGCUCAGUGUCCAACGUGGUGUGCUGCCUGGUGUUUGGACAACGCUUCAACUACGAGGACGCAGACUUCCAGCAGCUAUUGGCCAUUACAAAGGAACUUGUUAUGUUUAUGGCUAGUCCUCUGGGGCAGAUGUACAACAUCUUUCCUGGACUGACUGAGCGCCUGCCAGGCCACCAGCAAAAAGUCUUUGCUCACAUAGAGACGGUGAGAUCUUUCAUCAAAAAGAAGAUCCAGCAGCAUGAAGACACUUUGGACUCUAGCUCUCCCAGAGACUACAUUGACUGCUUCCUUAACCGCAUCCAACAGGAGAAGGACAACGCUUCCAGUGAGUUCUUCUAUGACAACCUGGUAGGCACAGUCAUGAAUCUCUUCAUGGCUGGAACAGAAACCAGCAGCUCUACUAUCCGAUACGCUCUCAGCGUGUUCAUUAAACACCCUGAUAUACAAGAGAAAAUGCAGCAGGAGAUCGACGCUGUGAUUGGACGAGAACGUUGUCCCAACAUGGAGGACAGAAAGUCCAUGCCCUUUACAGAUGCAGUCAUCCAUGAGGUGCAGCGCUUUCUAGACAUUGUGCCCUUCAGCCUGCCACACUACACGCUGCAUGACGUCUCCUUUAGAGGCUACACCAUUCCCAAGGACACCAUCAUCAUUCCCUUGCUGCACUCUGUGCUGAAAGACGAGAAACAGUGGGUGGAGCCUUGGUCCUUUAAUCCUCAGCACUUCCUGGACCACAACGGCAACUUUAAGAAGAACCCGGCGUUUAUGCCUUUUGCGGCAGGGAAAAGAGCUUGUGUCGGAGAGUCUCUGGCCCGCAUGGAACUGUUCAUCUUCAUCACGUCACUGCUGCAACAUUUCAGCUUCUCCUGCGUCGGAGGUCCAGACAGCGUCAACCUUACGCCGGAGUACAGCAGCUUCGCCAACGUGCCGCGGCAACACCAGCUCAUCGCUACGCCUCGCUGACACGCACGCCUCCAACAAGGGCCAAUAAGAACAGCGUCUCAGACCUCUCACACCAUCUCCACAUAUGGCUGCUUCACCAAAAUUAAGCAGCGCCCUGUUUUGAAAAAUAUUAAAAUGGCCCCUACCUGCUUUAAUUUUUCAGUGUUUGGCCCUCAGUAAAAAUAGUUUGGACACCCCAGUUCUAAAACAAUGCUGCGAGCAUCACAACUCCAGUGCCAGGUGAGGUGUGUUCAGUAGGGGUGGAAAAGUUCCCAAAUCCACGGUUUAGAUCUUAAUACGGCUACGUGACACUGUUUUCGAUGUACCUUGUCGUUCUUUUUUGACACCCCAGAAUACCAUAUUUCCCGGUAAUCAAGCAUUACUCCUUUAUCAGUUGUGGUUCUUACAAACAUAUCUUAUGAAAUAAAACUUAGAAAAUGGCUCCUAAAGCUCUGACUUUUAAAUUAAUGUGAACAAAGAGCUAAGAGUACAAUCUUAAUAAGCACAUUAUAUACCAUUAACAUAACAUGAAGCACUAGCUUUAUUGGCACUUUUGUUUAUAUCAAAACAAAAAUAUAAAUUUCAAUGCAAAAAUCAUUAAAUUUAUUGAUACAUCAUUGGACAAUUUGGACAAGUAUUUUAAAUAAAAGCAUAAUAAUUUUGUAACAUAAAUGUGCCAAUGAGUACUUUAAAGUACGAUACUUUUUUGAAACCUUUAUUUUGUUAGCGUAGUCAGACAGAAUGUUGCACACAGUGCUCUAAGCAUGCUGCUGUUCUUAAAGAGGAACUGCACUUUUUUUUUUCUUUCGUUCACAACCAUUAUGAGAGACAAGUGUUUUAUCUUUGCAUUCUAUCAUGUAAAAAUCAUCUGGUUAUAAUAUCGCUAAUAGGAACAAUCAGUUCUAUGUUUAAAUCUCUUUAAAAUGCAUUCAAUUUACGUUCCCUAACCUGUAUAAUAACCAAGCGGUACCGACAUUGUUAUUGUAACAGUGAACACUGAGGAACUCUUUUUGUAGAGUAGUAACACAUCGGCGUGCUUCGGUAUUAGUCGUAAAAGCGAACUAUGGAUUCGGAAAGAGAUUAACCAGCUUCUACGUCAGCACAAAAUAAGUUCGAGUUUGUAUUGCACAACACAAAGUUUUCAGACUCCAAUAUGUACCGACUGAAAAAACAUUAACAAUCAUAUUACAAUAUCUGUAGAGUGUUAGCCCACAUUCCAUGUUUUGUUUGUACACAGCUAGCUUGACAGCAUAUGUAUUGUAGUUGAAAUAACGCACAUGUUGUGCUACGUGUAUCACGAUCAAUAUCAAGUGUGACUCACUUGAUGGACAGUUGUGUGCUUGGUUCAGUUGGCUGGGGACAAUGUUUCUGGGUUAUUUGGUUAAGCACUCCAUUUAUGGCGAAAUAGCAUGGCUUCAAAAUAUACAUUUUGCAGCUUCAAGUCACUUUCCCCUCACUCUCUCGUCUUCCGUCUGCGCCAAUGUCUCCAGAAAAAAAAGUCUUCUCGUCUCUCAUAAUGAUUGUGAACGAUUGGCAAAAUUCCACAAAAAAGUGCAGUUCCUCUUUAAGGGUGCUUGUUGGCUGCUAUAUUUUUGAUUACAUGUGGCUGUUUUGAAAUAAAAUAAAAAAGCCAUCCUGUCUUUACAAUGAACUUGCAUCGGUGGUCUCGUCCACAACAACACAAGCAGAUAAGAAGUAUUGCGGGUGUAUGGGUUGUCCUGGCUAGCAUUAGAGUGUUCGCAGACUCAGCAAGUGUUUCAGGGAUGAGCAGGCCCCGGACACGCAAUUUCCCCAAACGAAUGUUCCCUGUCCUCGAGAUGACAGCAUUUCAAUCGCAUUCAUGCUAAUUUCCAUGACUUUUCUUGUUUAACAGUAGAUUCGGUUUUUAUUGGCCAGUUCCGUGAUUCCGUAUGAUCAGGUCUACACGUACACGCUCCAAACUAAAUGAGUAACACAAAGAAAAAAACUGGUAUCCGAGCAACAUACGUACUUCGAAACGGUGUCAGCUCAAACGAACGCUUUAGAUUUUUUCACAAACCGUUCCAUCUCUAGUGUUCAGUGAUACCAGCGAGAAGAAGGUGCGUCUUCGGUCACAAGGUUUAUGGAGGCCAGCUGGCUCGUCAUUGGCUAAAUGUUGGGCAGGUGAUAUCUGUGCUUCGCCGGCUUCUUGACGUCUGGUGCAGGUGACAUGUUGCUGUUUGUUAACUGUGGCAAGUACUGGGCCUGUAGGACACAGAUACAGUUCUUAAAUGUUGGAUGAUGUUGAUGAACAAGCAGGGCCUGCCCCUCCCUAUAUACCAGGGGUGUCAAACGUACGGCUCAGGCCUGCAAACAGGUUUUAUCCGGCCCGCGUGAUGAGUUUGCCAAGUAUAAAAAUUAGCUACUUUUUUUUUUUUUU